AUGGCCACUAUGGGACUCAUUCCCAUGUCUGUCUUGGGACAGGAAGGCAGCGGCGUCGUUGUCAAGACUGGCAGUGAAGCAAGCCGCUUCAAACCUGGUGACCGCGUGAGCUUCUUGGGUGUCGGCACACACGCCACCAAGAUCCGGGUUGACCAUCGCAUUGUUGCUCAUAUUCCCGACACCAUGUCCUUCGAGGAGGCCGCUGCACUGCCUGUCGUUCAUACCACUGCGUACCAUGCCCUUGUCAACCUCGCAAAGCUUACCAAGGGCAAGUCGGUUUUGAUCCACGCUGCCGCUGGUGGUGUGGGCCAAGCGGCUGUCCAGAUUGCUCUUCACCUAGGUCUGGUCGUCUACGUCACCGUUGGUUCCGAAGACAAGCGGAAGCUAUUGGUCAACACGUAUGGCAUUCCUGAGAAGCACAUCUUCAAUUCUCGCGAUGCCAGCUUCGCAAAGAGCGUGAUGCGCAUCACGAGUGGUCGCGGUGUUGACUGCGUUCUCAACUCACUCUCAGGAGAGCUUCUUCGGACAUCGUGGGAGUGUCUAGCAACCUUUGGCACCUUUGUCGAGAUUGGUCUCCGCGACAUUCUCGACAAUACUCGGCUUGACAUGAGGCCAUUCGGGAAGAGCACGACGUUCACAUUCUUCAAUCAGUUCACGCUUUACGAGGAGGAUCCCGCUGCGCUAGGACAGAUUCUCGACGAAGCCUUCAAGUUGGUCCAUAAGGGUACGCUUCGUGCCCCGAGCCCCCUGACGGUGCAUUCCAUGGGUCAAGUGGGAGACGCCUUCCGCACCAUCCAGCAAGGAAAGCACCGCGGCAAGAUGGUUAUGUCAUUCACUGAUAACGCAGAGGCGCCAAUCUUGCGUAAGGCUAAGAACUCCCUCAAGCUCAACGCUGAUGUCACGUACCUUCUUGUUGGUGGCCUCGGUGGUCUCGGCCGCAGUCUGGCGCGGCAAUUCAUCGCCUGUGGCGCACGUAACCUUGCCUUCCUCUCAAGAUCUGGAGACGGCUCCCCAGAUGCCAAGGCUCUGAUCAAAGAGCUAUCCGACAUGGGCGCCAACGUUAAGGCCUACCGCGGUGAUGUGUCGGACCCUGUCUCGUUCCGGGCCGCUUUGAGUCAAUGCGAACGAGAACUUCCGCCCGUCAGAGGUGUCGUCCAAAUGGCUAUGGCUCUUCGCGACAUCGUUUUCGAGAAGAUGUCUUACGACUGGUGGAAGACCGGGUUGAGACCCAAGGUGCAAGGUACAUGGAACCUCCACGAGUACUUCAACCAUGAACGCCCCCUAGAGUUCUUCAUCAUCUGCUCGUCCAUUUCGGGUAUGUACGGCUACCCUAGUCAGGCACAGUACUCCGCCGGCAACACAUACCAAGACCCUUUGGCGCAUUACCGCCGGUCACAGGGGCUUAAGGCCGUGUCGGUCAACCUGGGUAUCAUGCGUGACGUUGGUGUGCUGGCAGAGCAAGGUGCGACGGGCAAGUUCUUGCUGUGGGAAGAGACCCUGGGCAUUCGAGAGCCAGCGUUCCAUGCCAUCUUCAAGGGCCUCAUCAAUCGGCAGAAGAGCGAAAACCCGGCUUCAUGGCCGCCAGCUCAAGUGACAACGGGCUUGGGCACCGCAGACAUCAUGGCAGCACACGGUCUCGAUCAGCCAGGAUACUUCAGCAUCCCACGUUUCGGACCUCUCGCCGUGACGAGCUCAGCGACAAGUGCUUCGGGUGCUGGAAAGUUGGAUACCGUUUCUCUUUCUUCACGCUUAUCUGAGGCAAGUAGCAAGCAGCAAGCGUUGAAUAUUAUCACAGAGGCUCUGGUAAAGAAGGUGGCCGAUAUCUUGCAGAUGCCCGUAUCGGAAGUUGAUCCGGGCCGGCCUAUGUACCGCUAUGGUGUUGAUUCUCUGGUUGCGCUCGAGGUCAGAAACUGGAUCACUAAGGAGAUGAAGGCAACUGUGGCUCUUUUGGAGGUCUUGGCUGCCGUUCCUAUGGAAGUAUUUGCAGCUAGGAUAGCCGACAAGAGUAAGUUGGUGGCGUUUGAGUGA